GAGCUCGCGGGCAUUCAAUCUGCGUGGUGUUGGACUGUACCAAACUCGCUCGUAGGGGAUCUUCCGAUGGCACAGCCAGGUACUGCAUCGCACACGGCGGAGGGCGACGGUGUCGUCACCCUGCUUGCCAGUCUGCGGCUAGGAAUAGACUGGGAUAUUGCCAACGGCAUAGUGGCAUAGCCGAAGCUUCAUGCUCCAUCUUCAGCGCGAUUACCACUGUAAACUGCGACGAGAUCCUUGGUGGCCACAGCAGCGGACAGCGGCAACACUGUGGAGUGAUCCCCACUGUGCAAG